AUGACUCGUAUAAUUCAUCGAGCCGGGUCGGCAUAUGCCACUCGUGCUCGCAGCAAAGUUGCUAAGGCAAAAGCUCGCAAGCACAAAAUAAUAUUGGAAACCGUCACUCAGGAAAAGAAGAAGCUUCGGAGUGUUAUCUCAUUCGAGGCCAAAGCGCCGCCUGGUUAUACCUUUAUUCCUGCAGGUAAUCCUAAAUUCACAAGUUCAUGUAAAGAAAUCUGCAGAAAAGAUGGACUUAAAGUUUUUACCGUUUCAACAACACCCCACCAAGGAAUGCAUAAUCUAUCGCAGCAAGUACACAGAAUCGGGUACCACUUUCCCAGUGUCGUAGUGGCUACUGUAUGUAUGGAUCGAGGUGUUUUUCUGUCAUCUACCGGAAAGGUAAUGCCAUAUCGCCAAUUACCCACCCGCAGCGGUGCUCGAGGGCCCAUAACCGAGCGAAAAGCGGAUUCCGAAUUAUCGCAAAACAUAAUUAACACAGAGGCUCGUGAUGCAAUCAAAGAUUUGUUUCCAAAUAUACCAGCCAAGGACUUAAAUCAGAUUGUUAAAACUGCCUUCCGCAAGGGUAAACGCAAAGUAGGCACUGCAGUUGAGCUUCCUUUGGCGCGACGUGCGCAGCUAGCUGUUGUUGCUCACAUACGACAUGUGUAUACAAAAUAUGACAAUUUACUGAAGCUUACAUCUUUUCAAGAAGCUCGUGCUGCAGUUGAAGAACCCUGCCUUGCUAAGCUUGUACAGUGGAGGGGGGAUGAUGAAAGUGGAGAAACUGUUCUUGAAGAUGUUUUUCGGGAAGUCAUCGUUAUAUCAGAUGAUGAGGAUGAAGACCUUAGCGAGGAUGGUGAUCAUCCCGAAGGCGAUCGAGAUUCCAGCGUUGAGAUAAUUUCUAGCAACACAGUGGUUAAGGAGCUACAGACCCAGCCGUUAAGUCAUGAAACGUCUGCCACUAUUGACAGGAGCAGAGUUCCUGAGCCUUCUGAGGACGAAGGGCAUCCUGGUGUUCGUUUUAUCCGUCCUCUCCCAAGGAAACGAAAGCUUGGGGACAAAAAGAAGCUUGAUCGUCGCGGCUUUAGCAGAUAUCAAGCCUGGGACAGGGCCAGGGAUCGAUAUAGAGGUACUCUACAUGCAUCUAACGAACAGCCUCACCCAGCAGAAAAUAAUGACCGGCCGGUUCCUGCCCUGUUUCCAUUACCGGAGCCACAGCCAACUAGGCAGAUACCAUAUACCGGAGACUCGCAACCCCGGGCUUUGGUUGCCAAACGUUCAGGUGACGACCUACCAGGGCAUAUCAGUCAACACUCGUACCAAGCUGUGGAAAACCCCGGACUUCGGGCGCCUGCGAAACGUGUUGAUCCUCCCAAGAUAAUUCGCCUAGCUGACGGUUCAAUAUUUGAACGUGCAGAUGAGGAGCUAAGGCAGGAACGCCUUGGUGCCAUUGAGCGAUCGAUGAUACCAGCACAAUACUGUAAUUCCGGAAACAAAGCAAGUGAGCAGGUUAAGUAUCACACCUUCAGGAAUAGACAGCCCAUUGCCCUGCCCAAAACAGCCCAUAAUGAUAUUGGCCAUCCCGGACGCCCUUCGGUUAGAGGCCACUUCUUGGACGAUGAAAAUCAUGGAUACAUGGCCGAUUCUGGACGGCUUAUGCCACGAAAGCGGGAUUUCACAGGUCUGUUAGCCGGUGAUCCCUACCACAACCAACCGCCACUUGAGGACGUAUCGGGUAGGAUAAAUGCUAUUGAUAUUGACAGUGGCAGAUUCCAUAUGGCCCCCAAGAGAAAUAGGGUUUUACUUCAUAAUUCCAUUGAAGAGCCCCAGACAGAUUGCCAACGAGAACCAUUAGAAUACCCCCCUUCCUCUCAACCCCCUUGCAAAAUAGGCAGGCUAGAAGAGGAUGGGCGUUUUCUUCAACAAGGUCAAAGGCAAGGUAAUUUUCUGCAACAUACCAGCAUUCCUAGUGAUAAUUUUUCGCGCCCAAUAUUGAGACCAAUUGAGCGCGAUGGUUCGAAUGCAAGACGAAGACCCGCUGGAGACUCUCAGCUCGCGGAACCUGCAAAUAUAUAUCACUCAGAUCCAAUUAGACAUGGCGCGCCUAAUCAGGGGCUGAACUAUGUCCCCAAUGUCAGCCGGGUGGCCCAUGGGGCCACAGGCACACAGGCUCUUUUCGUCGAUAGCUCUUUAUACAGGGCUAGAAAUGACAAAGAUACCGUUGCACCCAGCCAAAUGGCACGUAUUUCACGCCCUCAACGUGUGAUGGGGUUGGAUGCCUGUGAGAGCCAGGAUUACCGGCAGCAGAAACCAAACCCGCUUAGUUCUCUUUCAUUAAGGCAACGUUCUCUAGAACGGAUGCCAGCUUUUAGUCAAGAUACGCAUUUUCCGCGUAUCCAUUCCCACGAUUUCGUUCGACCCUUACACUCACCGGAAAGGCAGGAACCCCAUAGAUUUCCUCGUGCCCCGGUGCAUGAGCGCCAGGCACAGGUGGAAGACCGUUAUUCACAAUCUACGCACUUUAUACCCCUUCCCAGUGUUGGCCGAUUUCCACCUGAACAUAGAGUUACUUUUGAUCCUACUCCCAACCGAUCUCAUUCACCUCCGAUGCAUCAUCCUACUCCCCGGCUACUGGGCCCUGGUCCGGCGCGGCCGGUUUAUGCACCUCCACCCCGGCACUCACCACCACUGAACAGCCACCAGGCAGCGUAUUUUACCCGCGGGGAAGGUUCUCGCCCCGAGGCUUUGUCUAACGGAAGCCGCCCUCCGCAUCAUCCGAUGGAGCAACUCCCGCCACGGUACCGCACAUCGGAUUUUGGAAGCACCUUUGGUGGUGUACGUACACAAGCUAGACCUCAUAUUUUGCGGGACGCAAUGCCCGUUCGAGGAGGCUAA